AUGCCAUCGCAGCAGGCCAUAGAGUUUCUUCUCACAGAGCACCUCCCGUACCUGGGCAAAUCCGCGCCCGCCAUCUUCCCACCGUACGCAGACGUGGCGACGCUGGAAGGCAGUCGCUGCCACAUUGAGUUCCUCGACGGGGCGGCGGGGUUUCUGCUCGUUACCCUCACGCCCGCAUCACCAACUACGACUGCCCCGAGCACAGCAAAGACCGCCGCCGCGGAUGCAAUCGGCACCCGCUUCGAGACUCUACAGGCGUUAUUUUCGCGGAUAAGUCCGGCGUAUUGCGCGGCGUUCAGUGACGAUCUGGCGAGACGGCUGGCUGGGUUGGAUGAUCCCCCGGCGAGUGGCGAGUGA